GGCUCAGGCGUCGUUCUGGCCGUGGGAACUCGGGAUCCGUUGGAGCGAUCAGCUCCACCGGUGACGUGGCGAAAUGGCUUACUUGGAUGUCAACGAAGCCUAUACGAUGGAAGUCCGUGUCAGGGCCUUAAGUGGUCAGAGCUUUCAAUUCCACAUCGACCAGUUCGCCAUCAUCGGUGAUGUGAAGCAGCGCUUGAGCAAUGGGCUUGCUCGGAAGUUUCAUGAGAUGAAGCUCCUGUACAAUUCAGAAGAGCCAGGUGUCUUCGAGAAGGUCGGCAAAUUCCGCAACAGGUCAGGGAUUGUGGAGCUCACCUUGGUGAUCAACCGCACUUGUCGCUGGUGCAACUUGCAGAUCAAUGACAACAUCGUGGCACCACUGCUGGGUACCUCCACCGGUGAUUUUUGUGGCACUCACUGCUAUUAUAGCAUGCAGCGCGAGUUGCAGGAUCCCAAUAAUAUCUUCAAGGUCUUCGGCAUGAGCUUCGAACAGCCAAGACAUGACCUGAGGCCCACUGGGCCUAGCAGCCUGAGGCCCCUCUAAGAGCCGUGUAACUCUCCACGGCCAUGGUGACCCCGGGCGAGAUCGAUUUCUCUUUGAGGCGAAGCCCAGGACAUGGGAAGAUCAAUGUGUUACACUGACGAACUAUACACAAUGUGUAUAUAUCACAUGUAUUUACAUAUUUGCAUUGUAACGUGUUUUGAAAUAUCAUUGAAAAGGUUGGAAGUGGCUAGGAACUUCUCUCCGCUCUCAG